UUGAAAUGGAAUGAAUUGUUUGUUGGGAAGAAGCGUAAUUACACAGUUGCAGGAGAACCCAAAGGAGAGCAGCAGGCAGGCGGUUUAAGCACAUAAACUUAGCUGGGAAUUCCAUUUCUCAAAACACAACUUUCAGUGAUAAAUUUGUAACUAAAACCUUCUCAUCAAACUUGAAACUUGAAAAACAGUGUGUGGAAAAGAAAAGAAGAAACUAGAAAAGAUUGGAGAAAAGAAGAAAACAUGGCGGUGAAAACUGAGGCUGUGACCGUGCCAGAGUUGGCUCUUGCUGACACUGACAUCAACUGGGACAGGUUGGACAAGACAAGGUUUCAUAUUAUUGGGGCUAUUCUCUUCACAGCGCAGUCAGCCUUACUACAUCCAACAUCAGUUGUAAAGACUAGAAUGCAGGUAGCUGGUUCUGGAUUCUCUCACAUGGGUGGAAUAUCAGUAUUUAGACAUAUAUUAAAGAGUGAUGGCAUCCCUGGCAUAUUCAGAGGUUUUGGCACUUCUGCCAUUGGAUCGUUGCCUGGUAGGGUCUUGGCUUUGACAUCACUUGAAGUAUCAAAAGAUAUGAUGUUGAAAUACAUUGAAGAUCUAGACAUGCCUGAGGCUACGCGUAUUGGAAUUGCAAAUGCAGUGGCGGGCAUGUUCUCAAAUUUAGUUUCUUGUGUAUACUAUGUGCCCUUGGAUGUGAUUUGCCAGAGACUAAUGGUUCAAGGACUUCCUGGGACUACAUCCUGCAACAGACCAUUUGAUGUCAUACAUAAAGUGAUAAAGGCUGAAGGUCUUCGUGGUUUAUAUAGAGGCUUUGGAUUAACAGCUGUGACCCAGUCGCCAGCAUCUGCACUUUGGUGGGGUGCCUAUGGUUCUGCCCAGCACAUCAUCUGGAGGAGCUUGGGCUAUACCGAUGAUGCAGAGAAGAAACCAUCUCAUAUGGAGAUGGUGACAGUUCAGGCUGCAGCAGGCAUGAUGGCGGGUGCUUGUUCCUCCAUUAUAACUACUCCCAUUGACACAGUCAAGACACGACUUCAGGUCAUGGAUAAUUAUGGUGUUGGACGACCAUCAGUAUUGAAGACGGCAAAAGCACUCCUUAAAGAGGAUGGAUGGCGGGGCUUUUAUAGAGGAUUUGGUCCACGGUUCUUAAAUAUGUCACUCUAUGGAACUACAAUGAUCGUUACUUAUGAAUUAAUAAAGAGAUUAUCUGUAAGGCGAGAAUGAAAUUUUGAGCUGGAAAAGGUGCAACUUUGCUGUAACAUUCGUUUCCUGGAGUAAGAGGAGAUUGAUUCCGGGUUCUUCCUCCUUUUUUUUGGGGGACAAACAGAGUUGGCCUAUUUACAAUAGGAAGCCUUAUUUUGAAGGGAUUCCUUCUCGUUCUCAUGUUGUUUCCUUCCCUGUUAUAUUUGAAUGGGAAGGCUGGGUUUCCUUUUGCCCUUUAGCUCUGUAAAUAUGUAUGCCCGUUUUUCAUAGUGUGUUUGUCAACUGUAUGAAUUUGAGUUGGAUUUUGGAUUUUA